CAAAAAACGUUUUCAAAGAGUGAACAACAAUGUCGAGAACAGUGAGAAAAUUUGCAAAAAGGAACACGCACCUGCGUAAGAGACAAACUCAGGAUGCGUAUCUGCUGAUCUGUACGGAAUGUUUCAGUCUGUAUCCGCCGCGUUACUUUAGCGGACAGUUCGCAGUGUUUCGCAUGUGUCGUCCGUGCCAGCGAAAGAAUGUCGAACUGUGUAGCUAUUUAGAGAAGUAUGUGUAUGAACCGUUGAGAGAAAAGCGCUGGGAGCCAUUCCAAGUGCGACUGGAUAGGCUGGCGAGCAAGUGCGAGCAGCUGGAGAAUGAACUGAAGGAUUACAAGCGCAAAUACUGCGAACCGGAGUCGACUGCGGAGAUAAUGAUUGAUGACAAAGUGGAGGAAAUGCUGGACGAGCUGUUGGAUAAAUGUGCUGAGCUCGAAAGCGAACGAUGGAACGCCAGGCGACCCACUAGAAAAAUGAGUCAGGAUGAUUUCAAUCAGCGCAUGUUCGAGUUGUAUAACAAAAAUACAAAGCAAACUGAUGCUGAAGUGCUGGAAUCUCAGCUCAACUCCUAAAGCAACUAUCAAGCCAACUGACAAUGUAUUUGCAAUGGAGCCAAGUUCCAAAGCUGAGGAGCAUAUGCGCGCCUAGAUGCGGGAGCCCAAACUCCAAGUCCAAGUAGUGUGAGUGCCACAGGGCAGAGCAAUCUCCAUUUCAGUUAGCAAUGCAGUAUAUGUGAUA